UAUUCUUGGCCUGCACCCCAAAUUUGUGAAAAUUACACUGUGCGCGACAUAAAUGAAAAUGAAUAUAAAAUAAACAAUUGAAUAAUGUGAAUAGUGUGGUGUCCACAUCAUAAUGGGAUACAUUUUGAAAAUCAAUUAUACAAAUGUACUGUUUUUUUUUAUGCUAGUGCAGUGCAACUUAAAGUGAUCCAAACUGCUGUGCGAAAAGUGUUUAUUGGCUCUGUAUAGAGGAUAACAAUAUGUUGUAGGCGGCUGAAAUUCGUGUAGGAUGUUUGCAGCUGAAAUUUAGAUACAUGUAUACAUAUAGUUGAAGGUAAACUACUCAUGAAUUAAAAGAUGAUAACAUGAAGAGAAAACCACAUAUGUUGCAAAUAAUGUUGCUCUAAAUACAACAAAAUCAAAUAAAAAGCACGGAUAUUAAAUACGUUUGCUAACCUGGAAGCAGUUUGAUUGGAACUGAAGCAAAUGGGAGCAAAUACUUCCAGCGGUGGUUAUCCCAUGGCCACACCUGCUGACAAUGCAGGUGCGAAUAGUGAAAAUGGCAGCGGAAACGUAUCAGUCCUUCAGUCCCUUACGACCACAAGAAUGGGCUCAUCGGGCUCUGGUGGAGGACCUGGGACAAGUGUGGCAUAUAGCGGCAUUCACUAUCAUCAUCGAGACCAAAGGCGAAAGCGAGUUACUGGAUUUGCCACGUUAAAAAGGAAAUUCAUUCGACGUCGACGUUCAUCCAAAGCCUGCGAUCACGCACGUGUUCUACGCGACUUUGUCUGUGACUGGACCCCCCUUGAAUUGGCAGCACUCUGCGAGGAGUUUGAAGCAUUGUCGGCUCUUAGAGAUUUAUCCGUACAAGCGGAAUUGGCACGACCCCCGGCUACAACAUACAAACAAGAUUUGGCAGCAUUAUAUGAUUUAAAUUUGUGUACAGAUUGUGAUCUCGUAUUUCGUGGUUCAAUAUUUCCCGUGCAUCGUUCCAUAUUAUCAUCGCGUUGCACUUAUUUUCGCGAUUUGCUUUCGGGCUGUCCGGGAUUUGGAGCACGCAUUUGUCUGGAGUUGUCAUCAUCACCAAUCGAUGUGCAGAUCUUCUCAUCAUUGUUGCGUUACUUGUAUACCGGUGAUCUUUGUCCACAUGAUCCAACGAUUAAUAUCAAUUUGCUGCGUCAACUGGGCGAUGACUUCGGCACACCCAAUCCCCUAGAACAUGAUCUACGUUAUUUGCUGGAAACCGGAGAUUAUGCGGAUGCUGCACUUGUGUUCACAGCGGAUGGUUCCAAUGAUAGCUGCUUGCGUCAGGACGCUGGUACCUCCGAGUACGGAUUUCGACCGAAGCUGGAGCUGCCAUGUCACAAGGCCAUCUUAAGUGCCCGCUCACCGUUCUUUCGUAAUCUGAUUGCCCGCCGAACGCGUAACAUUGAUGAGUACAUAGAGCGAUCGACUCAUGUGCCCACACGCAUAGUUCUCGAUGAAUCUGUUAUACCGAAGCGUUACGCUCGAGUUCUACUUCAAGCCAUUUAUUUGGACACUGUCGAUUUGACGCUGAUACUGCGUGGCGGUGGUGGCACUGGGAAUUCGGUUGGUUCCCUCGGCUCACUUGGUGAGGUGCACGCCCUAACGAAUACGGGACGGGUGCGGCCGACAACGCUGGAAGAAGCAAUGGAGUUGUAUCAAAUUGGAAGAUUUUUGGAGCUCGAUAUAUUGGCGCAAGGCUGUGAAGACUUGAUACUCGAGUGGUUGUCAUUGGAUACAUUGUCAAUGGUCCUUAAGUGGGGAUGUCAACCUCAUGGCUCCGCUUGGGUAUUUCGCCAGGCCUGUCAAUACUUGCGGGAAGAGUUUGCUGCCGUCAGCGCUUCACCAGUGCUUUGUCAAUUGGACAAGGGGCAACUUGUGCACAUUCUGCAAAGUAACUUUUUGCAAGCCUCCGAAUUGGAGAUUCUACAAGCUGUGCUCAAGUGGGGUGAACAGGAGCUUAUUCGGCGCAUGGAGGAUCGCGAGCCAAAUCUCUUAUCACACACAGCGCACUCGGUCUCUAGGAAAGGCGUUAAGCGACGUGAUCUCAGUGACAUUGAGUUGCGUGAAAUUCUAUCCGAAUUGCUGCCAUUGGUGCGAAUGGAUCACGUGUUGCCGCCAAACAGUGAGGUCCUAUGUCAAGCGAUUCGUCGUGGUCUUGUUAGCACACCACCAUCGCAUAUGAUCAGCGAUGAACGUGAAAACUUGCGGGUUAAUGCAUGGAUUCGCGGUGGCAAGAAUCAAGGACUCUUUGUGCGCCCGCGGCUCUUUAUGCCGUAUUUUGAGGAGGUGAAGGCCCUGCUCGAGGAUCGCAUGGCCACCUCGCAUCAUCAAGUUGAACUUCAGCGCAUGCGUCGAUCACGACAUUUCCCCGAUAUACCCGAUACGCUCUAUAUGGUGUCGCGUAUGAACGCCGCGUCCACGCAUAGCGGUGGCUUUGCUGCUGGUAUCGGCAACGAUGGACCGGAUAAAGUUGAUCCAACCGCUUUACCACCACCAGAUAGUCUAACGAUUUCAGCAAUGCGCAAGCGUGAGCAUAAGCUUCGACAGUCGCCAAUGUGUCAAAGAGCAUUAUUGUUGCCCCUCUCAUCGCGUCAUGAAAUUGAUCGGCAAAUUCGCUUGCGCGUUGUCAGAGAGUUUAAUUUGCCAGACGAGGUGUCCGAUCUAUUGGAAAACUCCAUGUUAACCAAUAAGGGAGAUAACACCAGUCGAGAAGAAUGCAACGAUGUUGCUUCGACCACUCAUCAAACAGAGGAAUGCCUAUUAGAAGAUCAUGACGACCAAAGUCCACCACCGUCGCCAGCAGUUACAGAUUCAGCUGCUCGCCAUACGGCAACAGCCGUUGGCGCUUCAUUUUUGUCGACGACAACAUCAUCGAUGGCAUCAUCAUCAGCAGCAUCUUCUGUGUGCGGCACAGAACAGUGCUAUAGUCGAAAUUUGACUUUCCCACGUCAUCAGCAGCAAUCAAGUAGCUUACUUGGUGUUGCAACUCUAUUGGCAAACAACUCAAGUGCUGGACGACUGCAAUCGAGUUACGCUCGCUUAUCGGCAUCAGCAAUGCAUCAUCGCAAUGAAUUGCCAGCAUUGAUAACCGAAGGAGAUUUUCGAUUUCCGCAUGGCGGUAAUGCUUUGAAUUUGGAUCGAAUAGCUGAAAACAGUUCGAGUGGAUUGGUUGACACAGGCGGCGGUAAUGGCAAUGGGCAUCUCUCUGAUAUGAUGCCAGAUGUGGCAAUGGCAACAGCAUCACUGGGCCAGCUGCAUCUCUCCGCUGGUGGAGGAUCUGGCUCUGGUUGCGUGAGUAAUCAUCCCAAUCGUCUCAUUGGUAGCAGCAACAGUGAUAUGUCCGAAAGUUUGCAACUUGAUCUAGGAGAUGGCCCAAGUCCUCACAUAAUCAAUAGUGCUGCCGCUGCUGGUGUGAUAUCUUUGCGUAAUUUGCAACAUCAAUUGCCGCAAAACAACUACCAUCACCACAUCAUGCAGCAGCGCUCCAACUCGCCAUUUGAUAUUCUACGACAGGGGCUGCACUCGCCUGCUCCUCCGCAGCACCCGCAUCCCCCAUCAGGUGCGCUGAAUUCCGGGCCACCUCGAUUUUUAUAGAGGUUACAAGUGGCUCCCGAUAAGGGGCUUUAUUUUAGCACUCCUUUCUAAUAAAUAAUAAAAAUAAUUAAUAUUAAAAUUUCAACAAAAUAUAUAGUUAAAUUAAAAACAAAUUAAUGUAAGUACCGUACAAAAACUAAAAAUGUGCGUUCUUAAUGACGAUUCGUUCAACUACAUCUUAGAAGUAAUUGGCGUAUGUACAAAUGACAAAAAAAACAAAAAAUAUGAAUAUUAACAUACCAACAUUUGACGCAAUUGAAAGUAAAGCUAGUUUUUUAUAACAAUAAUGAUCUAAAUAACAGCUAUAUAUCUGGGUAUGUAUAUAUAUAAAUAUAUACAUAUAGCAGGGCUGCAAAUCGGUUCUAAACCGAUCCUCGGUGUACCAUAUUAAAAGCCGAAGCGUCAAAAUUAUAUAUCGUGAAGAUUGGUUCAAAAAAAGAAUUUAAUUGUACAUUUUGGUUCUAUUCAUUUAUAUCAAUGUAUGAUACAAAUAUUGAAGUAAGGAAUCAACUCAAGUGUAACUUUUUGUUUUGGAAUUAACAUAAAUGGAUUAGGAAAGAAUUCAUAAUGGUAAUUCAGUUAAAUCACAAUAUUGAUGGCUCUGUUCAAAACUGUUCCACAAAUCGAACUUCAGUUUAUAAUUCAAAUUCAAAAUCUUGUGCUUAGAGAUUUGUAGUCCUGAAUAUACACAAGUAUAUAUAUAUAUAUAUAUGUCUGUAUUUAUAUUUAUAUUAUAUAUAGAAUAUAUACUAUGUACAUAUAGCUGUUAUUUAAAAACGUUUAAAUUGCAAAAGCUUAUAUAAAAUAUUAUUCACAAUAAGGCUUAUUUUUAACUUGUUGUCAGACAAAAACAAAGGAAAAAACAUAAAAAAAAAUCAAGGUAUAUUUGCAUUCCUCUUCCGACAUGUAGCUGUCAUUGUACUGUCUUUGCCAGACUGAUAAUGAACAGAACUGAUUACGAGUAUAUUAUUAGUUAAAAAUUAAAUAUUUUCAACAUUCAAUAGCUGCAAACAAAUAUACAGUUCAGGUUAAAAUAAUAUUACAAAUAUGGGUUUGAAACAAAAUGGUUUAAAACAAGUGUAAUAUGGCAACAAAUUCGACAAAUUAACCAUAUAAUUAUGUACGUAUAUUAUCGGAUACAUUGGGAAAAUUCGAAUAAAAGAAAUCCUGCUCAUAUUUACCAAUUGU